AUGCAUUUAUGGGCGAUGACUAGCUACCAUUCUUCACACACAGCUUCACAGCAUGAUGCUCAAUUGGAUAUGUUCAAGUGUCAUUCUUGCAAGUUACCAAUCAAUAUCCAUCCAACGCUAUUGAAUUUAUCUAAUGCCCAUCAAAAUAUUUUGCUAAAUGGGUUGGCCAACAGUUAUAGCGAUAAUGGGGAUGACAGCGAUAACCAUCAUUCCCUGUAUUAUUUUGGCCUAGAGUCCGAUGAUGAUUCCACUACAAAUCAAAAUGAGAUGGACCCUGAAAUUUACAGUAAUACCUUCAAAUUACAAGAUGAUAGGUUUGAAACAUUUACUCUUGCAAUGGGUCAUACAUCUGAAAACUAUUUGGAACAGCAAACGCUUAAUAUGGACAAUUUUGAGAUCAAUAGUCCAAUCCAAAUCCAUAAUGCAAAAACCGGUCAAAAUGAUUCAAAUUUAUUAAGUACAAAUUUUAAUUCAAAUAACUCUUUGAUCAAGAUUUUUAAUAAACUAUCUUUAAACUCGGAUAUUGAUUACCCAAUUUGCAAUAAUUGUUCCAAAUCAAUCAUAUCAAAUUUUAAUAAUCAGUUGAGUGAAUUAAACAGCGAUAAAUUAUCAUAUAUUAAUUUUUAUAGAACUUUAACCUCAAAAAAUAUGCACAAUACAAAUGAUAAUAAUUAUGAUAACAAUAAUAUUGAAAAUGACGGUGGUCAAAGCAACUUUGAUAAUAAAAUAAACCAAGUGAUAAAUGAAUAUGAUGAUUUGAAUAAUAAAUACAUUCAAUUAAUGAAUGAAUUACAAAACUAUGAACUUCAAACCCAAAAAGUUGAUAAUGAGAUUGCUAAUAUAUUGGAUCAAUUAUCAACAUUAAACUCCGUAGAGUUGGAUUUACUCAAGUUUAAAAACUUAUUUUUCUUGAGAAUAUUAAAUUCUUUUAAUAAAAAGAAUUUUAUAAAUCAAAUUUUGCUAAAUAAAAAAAUGACUCUUAACAAGUUGAUUAAAACAAACGUUUUUAAUGAUAUUUUUAAUAUAUCUCAUAACAAUUAUAAAUUUGCUGUUAUUAAUGGGUUUAGAUUGGGCAAUAUCAAAAGCGACAAAGUCCAAUGGUUUGAGAUAAAUUGUGCAAUGGGUGAAGUUGUUCAUUUGUUAUAUUUUAUUAUAAACUAUUUAAAUUUAUCAACAGGUCCAUAUCUAUUAAAGCCUCUAGGUUCAUUUUCGGUGAUUGAAAUUGAUAAUGUUAAUAAUAAUUCAAAUGGCCAUGCAAAUACCAGUGAUAACAAUGAAAUUUUAAGCUGUUAUUCGUCUGGAAAUUCUCAAUUUGAAAGAUUAUUAAUAUAUAAAAAAUUUGACGCUAGUUUAGUUACAAUAUUACAUAUAAUUUUGUUAAUAUUAAAAGAGCUUCAAAAGUUCAAGCCCAAUUUUAAUGGUAAUAUUAGGGGCAGUGCUAGUAAUAGCAAUGAGAUUGAUGAAAAUGAUGUCAAUAUUAAUAAUAAUAAUAGUAAUAAUAGUAACAAUAGUUUUAAUUUCCAAAACAAAUUGCCAUAUAAAAUCGAAAUUUAUGAAAGUAAGAAAAAACAAAACAAAAUAUCUAGCGGUGAUCCAAGUUUUAACAAUUUAAACAAUUCAAAUGAAUUGGAUUUCCGUUUUAAUAGCCCAUAUCAUUUAAGUGGAGAAAUUGGAGGAAUUAGUAUUAAAUUGGGAUCAAAAUUAUAUGAUGAAGAAUGGACAAUGGGUUGCAAAUUUUUAUUGACUGAUUUAAAAUAUAUUCUUGCAUGUGCAAGCAAAAUAAUAUUGAAUGGUAAUUGA